GUUAUUGCUGCGGAAUAAAAGAUCUUUAUCAAGUUGUAUACAGCAUCCAGACUGACACCAUGAGUUCUGCCGGUUCUCCCAAAGGAUGUGGCCCCAAUGUCAGCUCUGUGUACUAUAACCUAUGUGACCUGACCACCAUCUGGGGGAUUGUAGUUGAGGCUGUAGCGGCUGGAGGUAUAAUUACCUCAAUUAUUCUGUUCAUCAUACUUAUUGGCAGCCUACCAUUUACAAGUGAUAAGAAGCGCAAACGCAUGGUGGCGCUGCAAGCUGGUGUUCUAAUCUCCACUUUGGGACUGUUUGGUCUGGCAUUUGCAUUCAUCGUGGGUAAAUAUUCCACUACCUGCUCAGCUCGGAGGUUCCUAUUUGGCGUCUUGUUUUCGGGAUGCCUUGCCUGUCUGGUGAUGCACGGACUGUGGCUUGCCCUGCUUGAGAGACAUGGAAAAGGUCCCAGAAGUUGGACAUUGUGCUUUGGUGCUCUGGGAUUAUGGCUGGUGGAGGUCAUCAUCAAUACAGAGUGGCUGAUUCUAACUGUAGCUAGAAUUCCUACCAAUGCCCUCCCAUACUUGUCCUGCAUCAUAACAAACAAAGAUUUUGUCAUGUCCCUUAUAUAUGUCAUGGUCUUGCUGUUGGCAGUGGUGAUAAUGGCUGCUCCAUCUGUCAGACACAAGCACAUGCAAUGGCGCACAGAUGGAGCAUUCAUUCUACUAACAGGUCUUUUUACAUUGGCCAUAUGGGUUGCUUGGAUACUUAUGUACCUUUAUGGGAACGGAACUAUUGGAGAUUCCACAUGGGAUGACCCAACCUUGGCAGUAGCAGUGGUGUCCAACGCUUGGGUGUUCCUCUUCUUCUACACAAUCCCAGAGAUCUGCCUUCUGACCAGGGAGGGUCCAGACCAAGAGCAGUCCCCUGAUGGAGAGCAUGUCUAUCCUGCCCGUAGUUUGGCAUAUGACAAUGUCACCAAAGAGGUGGACGAAUCAGCACAAAAUGUAUAUCUGGAAAACAAGGCAUUCUCCAUGGACGAAUUUCCAGAAACAUCAAAAUCACCAUAUGCAGCUUUUAAUGGUCAGUUAAGAAAGGCUGUCUACCAGCCUACAGAAAUAGCCCUUAUUGCUAAAGGUCUAACUAUGGUGGAUCAAGAAAUCAAGAUCCCAAGAGCCAACACCCCAAGAGCCAGCACUCCCAGUUUAAAUCCAGGAAGCAGCUCGCUAUCUUUUCCAUCUCAGGAGUAGUCCAUGGUCUUACAUGUGUUUAUGUUUUAAAGAAUUUAACUGUAUUAGCACAUAAUUAUCAUUUGCUAGUUGCUAAAUUUUCUUUGGUUCAAGUCUUUGGAGUGUUUGUUGCUUCAAACAACAUUUUUGCAUUUCAAAUAAUUUAAAUGGAACCCUGAUGCGUUAGUUUGAAGACACAUCAUGGGGAAGGUGUGAAACUCUAUAGUUCAUGUAAAUGUUGCAUGCAAAAUUAAUACAAAUUGCACCACUGAUUUAC